UGAACAAGAGUUAGAGAGAUAUGUGCCUCUUAAUGUCCCAAAGCCACAGAUGGGAUUUGGUUUUCAGCAACCUGGAGUGACUUUCCCAGCAUCUUCAUCUCAUGUUCAGGCUUAUGUGGAUCCUCGCCAUGAAACCUUGAAUCAUGCUGAUUAUGUGCAACUCCUUUCUCAGAUGGGAUUCCCCGCAAACAUUUACAGUGCAAUUGGGCCUGUGUUCACCCAACAGCAGUUGCCAGCUGGAGCUUCUCCUCAGCAGUUUAUUCCUGCAUUAAAUAUGACAAUGAAUCCUUCAUUUGUGAGUAUGAAAUCUAAUACAGUUCCAUCAAUUAUUCAGCCAGAACAAGUUCGUUUGGAGCAUUAUCCUGCAGAAAGCAUGCUGCCGCAGAGGGUUGUCCAGGUUCCUACAGACCAAGGAUAUAGUGUGCGGUACGCUCAGGUGCCUGCAACAGUGCCACUAGGAGUGCAUGGUUGGCAUCAAGUCCCACGUCUUGAGCCCGUAGUCUUUUCAGAACCAGGGUUGCCCUCUCAACAAAUUGUGGUUUCUAAGGAAAUUCCAAAACUUGAUGACUGUUACAUGUGCCAAAAAGCAUUACCACAUGCUCAUUCGGAUUCAAUAGCUCAGGACCAAAAGGGAAGUCCUGCAAGCACCUUUUCUGACUCGAGAACAAUUUAUCAUAGUCUCCGGUUGGAUGAUAAAGGGCAGCUGAUGAUCAGGCCUUUAUUAUCUGGUACUCAAACAGAAAGUGUUUCUGAACAACUGGCAGCUGGAGCUCUACCAAGAAUUAUGGGUUAUGUGGACCAUGAAGCUGGAAAAGUCCAAGCAGAUAGAAUUGGGGUCUCCCAGAAUCCUGAGGGACCUUCUGCAAAUGAUAAAACUAUUCUUCAGAAGGCACAGAAUCCUGAACAUUUCGAGGUGUCAACUCCGCAGGGUUUCAUGAUGACAAGCAGUGCACAAUCUUCACAUGGUGUAUUUGGGGCGAAUACCCCUCAGACGUAUCAAGAUUCUGUCCAGCAGCUUGUUUCACCUCAAUACCAGGUUAUAGAGGGUUCCACAAUGAACAGACCAGUUAACAAUGAUCUAGCUUCUGUUGGAGGCAUGCUUUUACAGACUUCUGAUUACGUUUCUCGUGAACCCUCGAAAGACUACUCUGGUAAAGUUGCUGGCACCAUUCCUAGAGAAGAUUCGACUUCCUUGGCCUUUAACCAGCUGAGACAAAUAGAUAAACGAUUGGAAAAUCUUCAGAUGUGCCCUUCUGAAGUUCUAGCUAAUAAUGAGCCGGGCAAGCCAGUUUUUGAUCCCAAAAAGGAAGACAUAUUGGAGAACGGAUUACCACAAGUUGCUGGGAGGGAGGGUCCCAAAAUGCAUAAUUUUCUUCCAGCAGAAUCUUAUGAAUUGACCAAACCUCCUCUUUUAGGUAAUCCCAAUUCUUACCUUCGCUUAAAGCUUGGGGUUAAUAAUUUGGCUUCUGAUGAAAUUUCUGCUGGCAACUCUGGUGUGGAAUCUGCUCAUCCAACUGAAAUAAUUCCACCUACUAAUAAAUGGAAAGAUGACACUCUAUGGUCUCAACUAAGGAUUCCUGCUGACUUAGAAUCUGUUGUCCCAGAGGGAAAGAGACAAUCAUCUGUAGAUCCAUCCUAUGGGGUUGCAGCUAUGCCAGAUAACUCAAACUCACUAUUCAGCAACCUGGAUCCUUGGAUUUUACGUCAUGAUACUCAUUUUCCUCCUAUACCUAGCAAAAUUCAAAUAAGAAGGGAAGCUGGAGGGACUAGGGAUGCUCCUCGUGACAGUCAUCCUGUUAAUGGUGAGUUACAAACAGGCAAUUGCAAGGAGUUGAACAUAGAGGUACCAUUGGAGGAUGGAGCAUACCUGUCAUCUGGAAAUUUGAGUGGUGGUUUAAGAUCUGAGGAUGUUGUAUCUGAUAAAGGGUCAGAAGAGGACCUCAUUAAGCAAGAACUUCAAACUGUUGCCGAGGGAGUUGCCGCUUCUGUUCUUCAUUCGUCCAUGCCUUCUAAUUCUGACCUAUCAGAUGCUAGGAGUGAGUUUCUACCUACAACUCUACAAAGUGGUGAAGAUCAAAAUACUAAUACAGAAAUGGAGCGUGGAGAGAAAUAUGAGGAUAUCAAGUCUAAAUUCCCAAAGAAGAUAAAUUUUGGAUUUCCUGUAGACAGCAUUGGCCAAUUACAGAUAAUUAAAAAUAGUGACUUGGAAGAGCUACGUGAACUUGGUUCUGGUACCUUUGGCACUGUUUAUCAUGGUGAGUGGAGAGGCACCGAUGUUGCAAUCAAGCGAAUAAAUGAUAGAUGUUUUGCUGGGAAACCAUCGGAACAAGAACGCAUGAGAGAUGAUUUCUGGAAUGAGGCAAUCAAGCUUGCUGACUUGCAUCAUCCCAAUGUGGUUGCUUUCUAUGGUGUUGUGCUUGAUGGUCCCAGUGGUUCAAUUGCAACUGUUACUGAAUACAUGGUUAACGGCUCUUUGAGAAAUGCUUUGCAGAAGAGCGAGAGGAAUCUUGAUAAGCGAAAGAGGCUUAUGAUCACCAUGGACGUUGCUUUUGGAAUGGAAUACUUGCAUGGAAAGAAUAUAGUGCAUUUUGACUUGAAAAGUGAUAAUUUAUUGGUUAAUCUACGUGAUCCACAUCGACCAAUAUGCAAGGUCAGUUACCGCAUAUGGUUCUAUCCAGUUUCACUAAGUCUAAUGUAUGUCAUUGACACAUAACCCAUUGUUGUUUUGGCUCCUCUC